CUCCUUAUCGGCGUGUCUCCCAAUUCAUUCUUGCCUCCCAAACACCAUUAAUUUUUCUCUCUCUCUCUCGCUGAAUGAGUUGCACACCUGUGAGACUUCUUUCUUAGUCCAUUACAUUUAAUAGCUAUUUCUCAGUCUCUUGAAAUCAACCAUUGUUUCCUCAAUUUCGAUCUAAAGCUGAAGAAAGGUCUGCGAGCAAGAUGAAGCUGGGAGUGGUGCUUCUCCUCUUAACUAUCAUGAGUUCUUGCGGUGGGUUUCCCAUCGGCAUCAACUACGGGCAGCUCGGCAGCAACCUGUCCUCCCCCUUACAAUCCAUCAAUCUCAUCCAGACCCUCAUCAAAGUCUCCCGCAUCAAAAUAUAUGACACCAACCCCCAAAUCCUUCAUGCCCUCACCAACACCAAAAUCCAAGUUUCUGUGAUGCUCCCAAACCAAGCAAUUCAAAACAUCUCUGCCACUCAAGAAGCUUCAGAUUCAUGGGUCAAAACAAACAUCCUUCCCUUCUACCCCCUCACCAGGAUCCGAACCAUCUUGGUAGGGAACGAGGUCCUCUCGGACUCAUCCAUCGAGCCCACUUGGACCAUGUUGGUUCCAGCCAUGCAAAACAUAAAGAGGUCGUUGCGAGCCCUUGGGAUUCAUAACAUCAAAGUGGGCACGCCUCUCGCCAUGGAUGUGCUCAAAGCUUCUUUUCCACCUUCGAGUGGUGCAUUUAGAGAUGAUAUCGCAGAGACGGUUAUGAGGCCGCUUCUUCAAUUCCUGAAGAAGACUAAGUCUUUCUUCUUUUUGGACGCCUAUCCUUACUUAACUUGGGCAGAUAAUCUUGGUUCCAUUGAUCUUAACUAUACCUUGUUCAUGAACCAGACCUUCACUUACAAGGACCCAAACAGUGGGCUCGUGUAUAGAAACCUACUGGACCAAAUGGUCGACGCCAUCGUCUCAGCCAUGGCGAAACUCGGCUACCCCAGAAUCCGCAUAACGAUCGCCGAAACUGGAUGGCCAAACGCAGGCGACGUCGACCAAAUUGGGGCCAACAUAUACAACGCGGCUCAUUACAACCGGAACCUGAUUAGGAAACUAACCAGCAGAGAAGGCACACCAAUGCGCCCCAACCAAACCAUGUUCACCUACAUUUUCAGCCUCUACAAUGAGGACCAAAAACCAGGACGAGGUACUGAGAGACACUGGGGGUUACUGUACCCUAAUGGCUCUAGGGUUUUCGAAAUCGACUUAAAUGGCCGAAAGCUUGAUUCUGAGUACGAGCCAUUGCCUGAGCCUGUGAAUAAUGAGGAGUUCAAAGGGAAGAUAUGGUGCGUUGUGGUGCAUGGUGCAAAUGUGAGCGCAGUUGGUCCGGCGCUGGACCAUGCGUGUGCGCAGGGGAAUGGGACGUGCGAUGCCAUAAAAAGUGGGAGGGAGUGUUAUGAGCCGAAUACGAUUGUGGGGCAUGCUUCAUAUGCUUUCAAUGCUUAUUGGCAAAGGUUUAGGAAGAGCGGUGGGACGUGCUAUUUUGAUGGACUCGCGGAGCAAACUGCUGUUGAUCCAAGUCAUGGAUCUUGCAAUUAUCCUGCCGCGUGAGGGAUUUACCACUUGUCUUGGCGUUAGAAAGAGGAAUCAUUUAGCUUGUUUAUCAAAAAAAAAAAAGGAGUCAUUUAACCCAUGAUCCGGGGUCUCUAGCCCUUUGUUAAAUGCUUGAAGCAUAUUUAUGCCAAUCAAUAUGGAACCGUUAUAAUAAACUAUUUCUC